AUGAGGUCUAGCAUAGCUUGCCAGAGGUGUAGGAAGUCCAAGAUCAAAUGCGACAAUGACAACUCUGGCGCCCCCUGCGACACUUGCAUCAAGGCUGGUCACAAAUGUGAAUUCCCGGAGCCCACGCCCCUACCGGCCAAGCGAGCAGAACCGCCAACUGUACCGAAGCAGGAGAGGGAGGCAGGCCCUGAUCGAAAGCGAGUCAAGAAGCUGGACGACACAUUCCAACUCGAUGGAACUGCGAAGGCGGAGGAAGUGUUGUCGAUGCCAUAUCUGUCGGGCAAGAUUUGGCAUGAACUUUUCGACAUCUACAAGCUGCACUUUGCAACCGAGCUCCCAUUUCUACAUCUUCCUACGCUGAAGAGCAUCAUACACGACAAGGAGAUCAAGAAACCGUCUGCGGAUGUCAACUUAGUGCUCCUAGGUAUCUUGGCCCUUACGGCUAGAUUCCAACCCGAGUUGGUCAAGUACGUCGCACACCAGACAUACGACAAAGUUGCAGGCCCAAAAUCUCGAGGUGCUCUUCCUCGCGCAGAUCCUUCGGCAGCGUCGGAAUACUUCGCAAAUGCUCUCACGGCGGCUCUGGGACCACUUGAAUCAGCCCUAACGUCGGCCUCAGUUGUUCGGGUUCAAGCCUUCUUGAUGCUGGGUUUAUACAAAUGGAGCCAGCCCAGUGGCGGCUUGGCCGCGUGGAUGUACGUCGGCGUGGCAAUUCGCAUGGCUCAGGGCUUAAAGCUAGGAUUUGGCGACAAGCCUCUUCGUGGAAGGAGGGCUUUGGGUUUGUCCCGGUCACAUAAGUCGGCGCAGUUGCCGUCCGAAUCGUGGAAAGACCAGGAGAUACGACGACGCACCAUGUUCAGUUGUCUCAUCCUCGACCGGUUGCUAUCAUGUGGAUCCGAGCGAGUCUCCAUGGUUCGAUCCGACGACUUGCAAAUUCAACUGCCGUGUACCGAACACGCUUUCGAUCUGGGACGAGCCGUCUACACCGGCUUCCUCCGACAGGUAGGACAAGAGAUGGAGCGCCCUAUCGACGACAGCGUUCUUAGCCGCUUUGUGCAACUCGCCGACUUUUGGGGAGACAUUACCAAGUACAGCUUUGCUGGUGGCCGCCAUACGGAAGCGUAUCCCCCCUGGAAUAAGGACUCAACUUUCUAUCAGCUCAAUACCAAGGUCGAGGCCUUUUAUGCUCAUCUGCCAGAAGAGUUCACCUGGUCUAGUUCAAAUUUUUGGAAACAUGAUAACAGCAUGUAUGUGUCCUUGCACAUGCUUGGGGCCCUCUGCCGGAUCAUGCUACAUCGAGAGUACAUCCCCUUCAUCGCUAUCAAAUGCGAGAAGCCAAUAGGGCCUUUGGACGAGCCAGUCUUCGAUCCCGCCAUUGUUCCGGACGACUUUUGGUAUCGAAGUGCGGAGCAGGUUUUCAAAGCUGCGCGGGAGAUCAUUGAUUUGAUCAGGACAUGCCGCGACAAGCUCCCUCAAUCGUCUCUUGUCAUUUUCGCCAUUUGGCAGGCGGCGUUUGUGGGAAUUUACGCGCGCCACUAUCCUCAGCUGGACACCGAAAAGCACAUGGUCAGCGACGAAGAGAUCCAGGAACGAGCUUCAGGAGCCAUACCCGACCUCACGAAAACAGGAAACACUGGGAUCGCCUACACCGCACUGCAGAGGGUCGCUCCAUAUUUCAGCAUGGCUUCAAAUUACGUAACGUACUUCAAGGACAUGGAUCAAUACUUCACGAAGGUCUUUGUGGAUUAUGCCCAGCGAAACGGCAGAAGGAGCGGCGAUGGAACACUGAGCAUUCGGUUGGGAUCGGGAGGCGGUGGGCUUGAGGAGUGGAGGGUCAAGGCCGAUAGGAUUACAAGCAAUGGUAUCAUCAUGGAUGAAGAUCGAUCUCUCGGGUACGACGCCUCGGAUGGCUCCCGCGCAAGCACUCUGGAACGCAGCUCUUCAAUGGGACCCGAGUACUCCCACCUGAGUGCCAGCGGCGGCUUGGAAAGCCGGCGAGACUCGCGACAGGCAGCCUCCUCGUUUACGGCCAUUAAUAGUGCUCAAUUUCCCGUCGGGCAGGAGGGUUACCCAGGUGGCAACAUGCCGCAGCAUUCGCCGACACAGACAUUCGCAACAGCACCCGGGCCCCUGAGCAAUGAGGCCGCCAUGAACACAGUCGGCAGCGGCGCGGACGCCGCCAACAUCGAGUCAUAUGUCAACCAGCACCAGGGCCAGCGUUUUGGAAUUGCCCUCGAGGAUCUUGAGGAGUUCACUGGGCAGAUGGCUGCCGACCAAAAUAUCGGGGAUUGGGGGCCGGCGUUUUUCUCACAGGUGGCUGGAGGCAAUCCCCUGCCUCAGUUCAGUGAAAGCUAUACCUGA